CCUAUAAUUUACAAAAUAUUGUCAUUGUAGUGCCGACGUUCUUAUAUAAAAUUUGUAACUAAAAGUAAAAAAAUUGACGACAAUCCCAGGUUUAUCGCGCCCGAGGAUGUCCCAAGUCUCUGAAUGAGAGUUCGACGGACGAACCGGCUUGACGAUCUCGUAUGAAGUAAAUUCGCAGCCUUUUUUUUCUCUGGCGGUUGAGGUUAGAACGCUUUCCGGUCGUCUGAUUAUCGUGCGACCGUUCACAGGUAUGCGCUAGUCCGUCUCCUAUUAUCUUUAUCUGCGCGGAUUUGUGCUAAUUAGAAAUGCACGAACGCAAUCCAAGGCGAAUCGACGUGCGUCAUAAUAGGAUAAUAACGGGCUCCUUAUCGAGCAGACUAGGCGUACGACGAUGAUACGGCAAAUUGUAUAGCCGCAUUAGAUAUACAGCAGCGUGAAUCAUGCACGGGAGUGAAGAUGAACAGUACAAAACACAAAAUAUGUAUGGUCUCGGAUUUCUUUUAUCCAAACAUGGGAGGUGUCGAGGAGCACAUCUUCAAUCUGUCCCAGUGCUUACUAGAGCAUGGGCACAAAGUGGUGAUACUUACCCACUCCUAUGGGGAUAGGGUAGGAAUAAGAUACAUGACAAAUGGUUUGAAAGUAUAUUAUAUCCCUGUCAAAGUUUUCUACAAUCAGUGUGUUCUUCCAACGAUGAUAUGCUCUCUUCCACUUAUUAGGUAUAUCUUCAUAAGAGAGGAAAUACAGAUAAUACAUGGCCAUUCUGCAUUCUCUGCUUUAGCACAUGAGGGGAUGCUGAUUGGUAGAUUAAUGGGACUGAAAACAGUUUUCACAGAUCAUUCUCUUUUUGGUUUUGCGGACGCGUCCGCUAUUCUGACAAAUAAAUUUCUCGAAAUAUCGCUGGUUGAUUGCGAUCAUUGCAUAUGCGUGUCUCAUACUGGAAAAGAGAACACAGUAUUACGAGCCAAAGUACAGAAGGAGAAGGUGUCGGUUAUUCCGAACGCCGUCGACACCGCUUUAUUCACACCUGAUGUCGGUAAACGGAACAACGACUUUAUUACCAUAGUAAUAAUAUCGCGAUUGGUGUAUAGGAAGGGCGUUGACCUUCUAGCCCAUAUAAUACCCGAGAUCUGUUCACGUUAUAAGAAUGUACAAUUCCUUAUCGGCGGGGACGGUCCCAAAAGAUGGCUCAUAGAAGAAGUGCGGGAGAGAAAUCUGUUGCAACACAGAGUUACCUUGUUAGGCAGUUUGGAGCACUCUCAAGUCAGACACGUUCUGAAUAAAGGUCAUAUCUUCUUGAAUACGAGUCUGACGGAGGCUUAUUGCAUGGCUAUUGUAGAAGCGGCUUCUUGCGGUCUACAAGUAGUGUCAACGAAAGUUGGAGGUAUUCCGGAAGUUUUACCACCGGAUCUGAUUUAUCUUGUGGAACCCACUGUACCUGCAUUAAUCGAAGGGCUGGAGACAGCUAUAGCGGAUUAUAAAAAAGGCAAUGUUGGAUGUCCUUUCGAAAUGCAUAGGAGGAUAGGCUUAUAUUAUAAUUGGUUCAACAUAACCAAACGUACAGAAAUAGUAUAUAAUUUAGUGAAACGUGAAGCAAAGAGAAAUCUAGGACAGCGAUUAGCUAGUCAAAUACAAAGCGGUGUAUUGGCCUAUCUGCUCGUGGUAUCGUUGUGCUAUAUCAUACUACAAAUCCUGGAAUUCUUCGUCCCAAGAAAGUAUAUCGAUAUUGCACGAGAUUACAACGAUAUUCAUGUUGUACCAUCCAGCGGGAAAGGAAAAGAAGAUUAACUAUCAUCACAAAAGUCUGGAAUGUAAACUUCUCAAUAUGUGUUCAAGUAUUUUAUUCUAUACUUUGGAAACAUUCCAGAAAACAUGUUUUCUGCAAAAAUUACUGUUACACAGGUAAUCAUGGUGUAUCUCCGCGUAAGAAGAACAAUCUCUCAUCGUUGCAUUUACUAAAUUUUUAAAGAAAUAUAAUUAUAUACAUAUAUAUGUAUGUAUAGAUGUUGUACACAGAGAGAUAACAAUGCGCAAAGUACAAAUUGUCAUGAUAUACUUGUAUGUAUGUACGUAGAAUUACAACUGAGAGUUUCUAACAAUUUUUAUUUAUUAUAUCCUGCUUUCGUAAUUCGUAUCGCUUUAAAAUAAACGACGGCAUUUAUGGCA